AUGAAUCCAGCUGCCGUUACCGUGGACUCGUGCACCAACUUAUCGGCGUUAGACAACCACAGCCAAGCGCUAAGUCCUGGAGAGUACGUACCAGAUAUAUUUUUCAAGCACGUAGUCAAGGUGUUACAGCUGUACUGCUUUCCAGUUGUCGUUGUGUUAGGCAUUUGUGGCAACACUGUAUCCGCGGUCGUUUUUCUUUCCACUCGACUUAGGAGACUGUCCUCUGCCAUAUACCUUCUGGUUCUCGCUCUGUCGGAUAGCGUUUUUUUGUUAACUAACUUUUUAAUAUGGCUAACCAGCCUCAGUGUGAACGCUGUCAAUGUGAACGGCGUCUGCCAGUUAACUGUGUAUUUUAACCACGUUUCAAGCUGCCUUUCUGCUUGGCUAGUUGUUGGAUUUACCGUGGAACGGUAUAUUGCCAUAUGUCACCCUUUAAAGAGACCCGAGAUGUGUACUGUAUUCCGGGCUAAGAUUGUAACCGCCAGCCUAGCCUUGGGAUCUGCCUUACUGUAUUGCUAUCAGCUGUGGAGCACACACCUAUCAAAUGUAAAUGGACCCAUGUGUGUUACAGUGGGACGACACGUGGAAGUUGUUGCUGCAAUGGGCAACGUAGAUGUUGUGGUCACCCUUAUUGUUCCUGUGUGCACCAUCUUUUGGUUGAACAUUACAAUGCUAAUACAAAUUUGUGGCAUCUAUAAAACGUCCAACGAAAUCCGGGCAUCUCAACAAAAUAAAGAAACAACAAGAAACAAAGCGCAAGUCAAAAUUACAAAGCUGUUGAUCAUUGUUUCAACGGUAUUCCUCGUAUUAAACUCCCCAAGCGGAGUGCUCAGGGUGAAGUGGUUCGCUCAGCGUCUCCUUAACAGUGAGUAUGUUCCGUCUGGACCAGAAAAAAUGCUUCAGCAAUUGUUUCAGUUUCUCUUUACCGUGAACUUUGCCAUUAACUUUGUUCUGUAUAGUUUGUGUGGGAACAAUUUUCGCAAAUCCCUCCGCUCAUUAUGUGGAUUCAAGAUCCUUCCGCGAAGACAUGUCUCAAAAUACUCAAUGAAAUAUUCUUCAGCUUAUGAUACAAAUACCAUGUGUGAUUCUGUCUGA